AUGAGUGAGCCUCCACCGCCCACUAGCCCUCGCGCCUGGGCACCCAUCGCCGCCGACUCAGGGACCAGGUCUGAAACGCCUGUCUCGAGGCAGCACUACCUUCCCUACCGCCCUCAUCACGCCGAGUACACUCCGCCUACCUCACCUCAGCCGUCCAACAACCCACAUGCACAAGCGGCGCCUAGGAAAGGCUUCGGAUCUGGACGAUCCCGACAACCGGCACAGCUACAGAUGGACGUAGCUGUUGCUCCUGCAUACGAACGCGCCGUAUACAGUCCCUCUCCCACCGCGAGCCCACCACUGCUGCCAUUGACCUCCCCCAAAUUCAGUACACGCUCACGAACGCCGUCCCUCCUCCGUCAUGCCGCAUUGUCGUCGCCUCUCAACAACGGAUUCCCACGGGCAGAACAGCCACAAUCACCCACGUUCCCUCCAGUGAUGCGGCAGAUCAACCACCAGAGCGUGACGAGCGAUCCUCGAUCCUUGUUUAACCCGCUCGCCAGCAAUCCCGUCAACCCCAAUGGCUCAGAUCCCUUUGCAGACGAAGUGCCUUGGCCGCAAGCACAGCAACAGAGGCAUCGUGGAAUGACGACCUCGACACAAGCGAGCUUCCAAGGCUACCCACCGCUGCGAUCUGCAACGUCCAUACCCGACUAUGGGCCCAUCAGAGCUAGUAACCGUUCCAAUCCAUCUGGGGCCUACAAGCCUGACCGCGGCGGGCUGAACUGGUCGCACAACGAACACUUUCCUCCGCGCCUGUUGCGGGGUGAGGAGUCACGAGCCAGUGUCCGGUCAGGAUUGACGAAUGCAUCUAGUCUUAUGGAACAGAGUGGCACCGAACGAAGCAGCGUUGCUACAGGCAGGAGCUCCAUUGUGAGCAGUGACAACAGGGCGAGCACCUAUUCAAGGGACCAGUCAGAGGAGCGCGAUCUAUCAACCGAUACACUUCCAACCAGUAUCUCGCCCGACGAGGAAGACAUUAUGAGCUCGGUCGAGGAUGUGAUCGAUGCAUACUUCGACGAACCGGAAGACCAAGAAUCUGAGCCCCUUCCUGGAGAUACUGUUCGUUAUCGUGGCUCAUCUGCGCUAGAUUCAGAUGCUGGGCAUAACGACCGCUCGUCGAGCUACUCACAGGAUAUCAGUCGCCCAACAUCAUCGUACAUCCCCGCUCAUGAGCAGCUCGGACAAGCUGCUAACACACAUAAUAGGGAGCUGUCAAGAGUUAGCGAGCGGGACUCUUUUGGAAGCUCCCCAAAUCGCCUAUCGAUGCCUCAACCUGCACACUUGGAUCUCGGCUCGCUUCAAGCCUCAACCACCACCAGCCCACAAGAGAAUCAACGCGCCCAGAAAGAGCAGCUCACCACCCAUGGUCCACUUCGACUGGACCACACAACGAAUGCCGGAGGGGACCAACAAUUGCAGACUAUCGAUAUGGCGUUGCAACGAUCAAGCGAGGAGCUGCCCCGACGGACGUCUACGAUGGCUGCAGAACGUAGGAGCAGGAUCUUGGUUCGGCCCCGCCUGUCUACCAAGUUGAGCAGUGAUAGCCACAAGAUGCAGGAGAUCCACAAAGAGCUCACUGGUCUGCCGCAGAUUCCUCGCAGUAAAUCGCGAUUGUCGCGACACGACUGGGCAGAGUUCGAAGGCUACGCGAAGCGGCAUUCUAAAGGACCAAGCGCUGCACUUCGUGCGCUUACUGAGGCAUCGACCACUUCCCCACCCAAACGAUCUUCGCCGUUGCCCGAGGUGGAUGAAGACGACGCAUUUCCUCGGCGUGCGUCUACCAGCAUUUUCGAUCGCAAGAGCACCUUGUUCGACCUCAGCAGCUUUGAACCUUCCCCACCUAGCAAGGCUAUGACGACCAAUUUCGGCAGCAAUAAGCCCCACGCCAGGCCCUCUGCAGGAUUGAAGAAGUCGGCGGCCGUAGGUGUCGAACGUGACCGCUAUGGUUUUAAGAAGGCCUCAGACAAGAUCAGCGUGCAGGAGUACAACACAUGGCACCCAAAGUAUGAGGAAUACGUCACGCGCAGGUCGAACAAGUGGAUCACUCUGAUGAGGAAGUCAGGGCUGUCAGUUACAAAACCUACUGAGUUCCCGGAAGCCUGCGAUAAAGUCAAACGCUACGCACGGAAAGGCUAUCCUCCGGACUGGCGCGGAGAAAUGUGGUGGUUCUACUCCGGUGCGCAGUUCAAAUCGCGCCAGAUGUCGGGUCUCUAUCGCUCGCUGGUCGCUCGGGUCGAAAACGGCGAACUCAACAAGGACGACCGCGAAGCCAUCGAAAGAGAUCUUGACAGAACAUUUCCUGAUAAUAUUCAUUUCCGGCCCGACCUGAAGUCGGCACGAUUUAGUGACGGAGGUGACGACGAGCCAUCGAUGGUUCGCGACCUCCGCGAGGUUUUAUCUGCUUUCGCCUUACACAACCCUGGUAUUGGGUAUUGUCAAUCAUUGAAUUUCAUUGCAGGACUAUUGCUUCUCUUCUUGAAGCAGGAUACUGAGCGAGCGUUUAUCCUGUUGACCAUCAUCACCCAAAACCACCUUCCAGGAGCCCACGCUAGGAACCUCGCCAACACCGAAGUCAACGUCUUGAUGAUGCUGAUCCGCGACUACCUUCCCAAAGUAUGGGCUUCGAUCAACGACACAGACCUUGUGAAUAGCGGUCCAGGAUCCAAAGCCCACCCUGAAUCAAAGUUCCAGCGCCAGCCAACCGUGGCGCUCUCCUGCACGUCGUGGUUCAUGAGCGUCUUCAUCGGCGUCCUCCCCAUCGAAACAGUUCUCCGCGUCUGGGACGCUUUCCUGUACGAAGGCCCACGCGCACUCUACCGCUACGCUCUCGCCAUCUUCAAGCUCGGCGAAGGAGAGAUCCGGAAAUACCGACCCGGCGACGGUGAGCUCUUCAUGGCUGUGCAGAACCUUCCCCGGCGCUGUCUCGAUCCAAACACUCUGCAUGACAUCGCUUUCGUCAAGAAGGGGUUUGGCAGCCUGACGCAGAAUGUUAUCGAUCAGAAGAGGCAGUUCUGGCGCGACCAGAACGAGCGUUCGGCGAGUCAGAGGAAGAGAGCCCCGCCACAACCCGUGCGACCGGACACCGCCGUUGGAGAUGACGAAGGGAAGAAAGGACUCGGUGGGCUCCGCAGAAGAGCUUCGAUGAGGUUUCUGAGGAAGCGAGAGAAGACUUAUUUGGAAUAA